AUGUCAUCAGACGCUGAGAUGGCCAUCUUUGGGGAGGCAGCUCCUUACCUCCGAAAGUCAGAAAAGGAGAGAAUCGAGGCCCAGAAUAAGCCUUUUGAUGCCAAGUCAUCCGUCUUUGUGGUGCAUGCGAAGGAAUCUUAUGUGAAAAGCACAAUCCAGAGCAAAGAUGGAGGGAAGGUCACUGUGAAGACUGAAAGUGGAGAAACCCUGACCGUGAAGGAUGAUCAAAUCUUCUCCAUGAAC